CUAUCUAUGCGCCAGUAGCUCAAAGUUUCUUCCGUGUGUUGCUAGGAGACGCGUCAAACAAAAACGUUUCCAUGGUAACCCACCAUCGCAACCUCUCCGCUAAGCAGUUGAAGAAGAAGUUAAAGAGUUAGAAGUUGUUAUCAUGGCUCUGCCGACUCUAGCAGGAAACUCAGCCAACGUUCAGCUAGGGAAGGAGAGAUUUCACAAAUCCCACCAUUUCGACUUUUCCGGAGGAAUUCCCAUGCUGAUGGGGAUGGAGAAGGCUGGGAUUGGAGGAGAUCCUUUAGUCGGCCAGAAGAUCCCGUCCAAGUAUCCCGGCUUUCCCAGAGGAGAGGGCAGUGAUCGACCACCAUGGUUAGCCUUUGACCAACAGGUUCUCUGCUUUGAGGCGUUCUAUCAGGAAACUGUCCCCGAUGCAGAGCUGGAGAUGCAAAACAUCCGAAGGUGUAAGAUCUACUUCUACUUGGAGGACGGGACCAUCCAGGUGGUGGAGCCAAAAAGCAAGAACGGCUGCGUUCCUCAAGGAACUGUGAUCCGCCGCCACCGCAUUCCUCUGCCGGACCAGCACCAGUUCUACAACGUCUUCCACUUCAACAUCAACCAGGAGGUGGUGUUUUACGCUCGCACCUUCAAAAUAACCGACUGCGACUCGUUCACCAAGAACUUCCUGACCAACCUUGGAGUGCUGCUGAACGAGCCGACCGCAGCGCCGGAGCACCCUUUCAGGACGCUGCGUCAGAAGUCUGAGGACAGCAUGAAGCCUCUCAGGCAAAACCGGGACCAGUUCCAGAAGUUCCUCAAGAACGACGGGAAAAUCCUUCGCUUCCGCUGCUUCUGGGACGACACAGUGUUUGGAGACCAACAGGAGCUGAUCCUUCUCUACUACCUGGCUGAUGACACCAUAGAGGUCUUCCAGGUGGUUCCAAACUCAGGAAGACAACAUGUCCCCAAAUUCUUAAGUCGCAGCAAACUGCCAAAGCGCCCUCCGGUUCGAAUGAAGCUCCCAGGAGAAGCCACUGAUCCCUCUGUGCUCAACCCGUUGGCCCCCAUGACACAGGCAGCAUUAGUCAGCGGGGAGUUCUACAGAGACUCGGACCUGACUAUAGGAGCAGAAGUGAACAUCUGGGGGAGACGAGUGGUGAUUACUGACUGUGAUGAAUUCACCAAGGACUACUACCGCUCCAAAUAUGGCAUAGAGGAUUUCUCCCCCCUCCAGUACAAGGACCCUCCGCCCCCCAAACCAGCCCAGACGGUGCCCCCCUACAAUGGGUUCGGCUCCGAGGAGGAUUCCCUGAACUCCUGCCAGGGCCUGCUGCCCCAACGGCCCCGGAAGAAGAAGUUCAUGGAAGAAGAAAGAUGUGGCCUGAGCAGAUACCUGCUGAAUUUCCUUGCCAAGAUGGUGACCACGGACCCUGUGGACACGGAGAGGAGGUUCAUCAUCACCUUCUACCUCUCUGAUGACUCCAUCAGCGUGUUUGAAAAGCCACAGAAGAACUCAGGUGUACUGGGAGGAAAGUUUCUGGAGCGUCGGCGGGUUCUGAAACCGGGCCAGGAGCUGUUUAAGAGCGAGCCCUUCCAGUACCUCACAGCCCAGGAUCUGUACGUCGGAGCCUCCGUCUGCCUGAAAGGGGUGACCUUCCAGCUUCUGGAUGCUGACGAACACACCCUCAGCUACAUGGAGCAGCAUGAGCAGCAGUUUCCCAGAGCCAAUGCAGACAUCAUCCUCAGCAAAGUGCGCUCCUUUCCAGAGGACAAACACAGCCGGAUCAGGGAGUUUCUGGCCCUCAGCGACCCCACCAACACCGGCCUCGUCCCCUAUGAGUCCUUCAGAGGCUUGAUGAUGGACUGCGGGCUGUCGGAGCACGAGGUUCUGGUCCUGGCGCGGCGCUUCUCUGAGCGCCAGGAGCCUGAGGCGGACGUGGGCUUCAUGCUGGCUGCGGCGCAGCACUUCCUGAGGGUGAAACCGUUCCAGGACUUCCCUCUGCUGGCGGACCUCUUCAUGUACCACGACAGGCAGAAAUCUGAUCAGAUGAGUCUGUUUUCACGUAGAGGAGGCCGUCUGUCCGCCAAGGAGGUGAGGACCAUCUGUAAGGCCGUCCAUCUUCCCCUCCCAGAGAGCCUGAGGGAAGGCCUCCUCAUCAAGUUCACAGAUGGAGACGGGAUCGACUACCACGCCUUGAUUGCUGGGAUCGACUGGCUGAAGCACCCAGCGCCUCCAGUGAGGCCCGAGGACACGCUGAAGUUUGAGCUGAACCUCAGGCCAGAAGCUGAUGGAUCUGCUCUGAAGAACAUCAAAUACUCGGACCUGCUGAAGGACGUCCUCAGCUUCACCAGCAUCAGGGAUCCUGGACCUGCUGCCUCCACCUAAAGCUGCGCUCUGGGUUCAUCCUGCUGAGAUGUGAACAUUAAACGUUUGUUGUGUUGUUUGAGACUCUAUGCUGGAACAUCUGUGCUUCAGGGGAGAAAAUAAAAACCACAGAUAGAAACCAGA